CUUUAAUGUGUAAACAGAUAUUUGUGUUUUGGAGUCCUCCAGACUUGAGAAUGAUUGUUGUACUGCAGUUUAUGGCUCUUUGCUUGGCUCUGGUCUCCACGUUAUUCCUGAUCGUGGCCACUUGGACAGACUGCUGGAUGGUUAAUGCCGACGACAGCUUAGAGGUCAGCCAGAAAUGUCGUGGUCUGUGGUGGGAAUGUGUGACCAAUACACAGGAUGGGAUAAAAACAUGUGACCAAUACGAUUCUAUUUUAGCGGAGCAUCCAUUGAAAAUAGUACUUACAAGAGCCCUGAUGAUCACAGCAGAUAUACUGGCCAGCUUCGCUCUAAUCAUUCUGGUUCUAGGUCUUGAUGCGGUCAAGUUCUUAAGAUCAGAGGCACAUAUCAAGCUACGCAUGUGUUACAUGGCUGGAUUCAUUUUUGGCAUUGGCGGUAUCCCAGGAAUGAUUGGCUCAGUGUGGUAUGCAGUCGAUGUCUAUGUUGAGAGGGCAACCCUCGUAUUACAGAAUGUAUUUCUUGGGAUUCAUUAUGAAUUUGGCUGGUCUUGCUGGCUGGGGAUGGCUGGUUCUACUGGCUGUUUUUUGGCUUCAAUAGUUCUUACUUGCUGUCUUUAUAUUUUUAGAGAUCUUGGAUCAUAUUCAAGGAACCAGAGAUCCAUUUAUAAAUAUGGAAGAACUGCGACUGGCAAAAUGUAUGCCAUGGACUCCAGAGUGUGA